ACAUCCCGUGAUUGCCUCGUUUCAGGUCGCAUGCUUCGAUAACGACUGGUUUCACCGUUCACCAUAACGGUCUCUUCUCGUCCACCCACCGUCACCUCCCGGCGCAUUUUAGCGAUCGCCAUCGCGUCUCUUUCCUGCUACCCUACUUUUAUGACCUUCAUUUCUAGAGAGAUAAAGAGAUAACAGUCUACCAGAUUGAGAGAGAGAGAGAGAGAGAGGACUGAGAUUUUGACUUUGUUGACUGCUUGAUAGAUCAACGGCUCAAGAGGUUACUUGAGCUUUUCUAUGGAGCUCCUGAUCUGAUCUGCGUACUUUUUUUUUGUCUUGAACAUCGCAACUGAUUUUCUUUUCCCCUUUGUCUGAUUCUGUGCCGCACCUGAAGUUUGGUUUCUCUUCUUCUUUCGUCAAAUUGAAGCUGGAUUCAUCGGCUUGCAUGCUUAGCAUUUAGUUCAGAACUGAUUUCGUUGUGGCCUGGUGCUAGCGUAUUUAAUUGUAGUGUUGACCGUUCGCGUGGCUCAUCUUGUUUCUGUAUCAUCAUCUAUGCAAAUACUGCACUGCAAGGAAAUGGGGCAAGAUGAUUUACGAGAGUGAUAGCUUCAAACUGGUGAAUUGCGUGCUUUGAAGGGUAAACUGCAGUGACUGGUACCAUGGGUGUCUCGGGAAAAUGGAUUAAAGCAUUGGUUGGUUUGAAGAAAUCAGAUAAAUCACCUUCUUCAGAGAAAGAUGAAAAUCAGAGAGCGGCUGCUAGCAAAAAUCGUCAUCGGAGGAAGCAUUCUGUUGAGAUUAACACUGAGAAACUUCAAGAUGAAUUUGAUCAAUAUGCAGCUUCACCAGUUGGUGAUGCCACUUUGAAUUCUAUCCCGGAUGAACACAAUCCUUUGGAUUCACUUCAAGUACAGGAUGCCGGCCACGAUCAACAGAUGAGACAAGGGUGGGCUGCAACACGCAUCCAAACAGCUUUUCGAGGAUUUCUGGCCAGAAGGGCUUUACGAGCAUUGAAAGGAUUGGUUAGACUUCAAGCUCUUGUUAGGGGUCAUGCUGUGAGAAAACAAGCUGCAAUAACCCUUCGUUGCAUGCAAGCUUUAGUGAGAGUUCAGGCUCGUGUGCGAGCAAGGCGUGUUCGUAUAGCAUUAGAAAGUCAAACAGCUCAACAGAAACUGCAGCAACAACUUGUUAACGAGGCUCGUGUUCGAGAAAUAGAGGUAAAGGUGCAGAAGAAGUUUAGUUAUCUAUGUUUUCUCAAUACAUUAGGAAUCACAUUUCUUUCAAAUCUACUAUAUGGUGUAUUAGUAUGGGUGGAUUAGGAUUAGUAGUAUUAGGGUUUUAUUUAUGGUUUAAAUUCUUGUUAAGUCUACGAAUGGAGUUUCAAAUUCUAAUUAGAUUACAUCUAGGAUUCUUGUUAAGUCUACGAAUGGAUUUUCAAAUUCUAAUUAGAUUACAUCUAGGUUAGAGUAUAUUUAGAUAGUUGUAGUUUUUAGAAGAGAAUACAAUAAUGAUUGGGAGAGUUUACGGCAGUUAUGUUUUAUGAUGAUCUGAUGUAAUCAAUCCUCACCUUAUAAAUGAUGCUUAAAAGAUUUUGCUUUUCUACACAAAUAUCCAUCUUACAUGUUAUGAUGUCUAAAAUAUGUAGGUUUUAACUCUGAAUCCCAAAGUAGACAGAUUAACUUUAAUUUAUUCCGUAUUGCAUAAGCACUGUAGAUCCUUUAAAAGUCUGAAGUUUAUCUGUCUCUCUGUUCAUCCUACAUCCCAUAAUUUCAUCCAUUGAUAUAUUAAUAUCUUUUUAUCGAAUAUAACCGUUCAAUAAGGAGAAAACAACAUUUUUACUUGUUCUAAUUUCUGGAAUUUGAACAUUCUUCUAUUAUUGGUUGGAUCUUUGGUAUAGAAAUUCCCUGAAAUGUUAUAUAUAGCUCAUCAAUGUUUUGUAGAUCUGCUUUGCAACCCUUCAAUUUCAUCCAUGGGCAUCAGGUUAUUCAAUGCAGUAGCGCAGAAAAAUUAAAUGGCAUGAACUUAAUUCUUCUGUGGUUGACAUCUUCUGUCUUUUAGUUCUUUCUGAACACAACUAGAAGAUUAUCGUCUUUAUGGCAGAUGCAGCAAUUUCUUGAUGCAUAAAUAAAGUGCAUAUGGCCUUACAUCUUUCAAGAUUGCACGAUUGAAUGUGCUGACCCGAUCUUUUUGUCCACUUUGUAUACAUCAUUAAGCAUUUACUGUUCUAAUUCCUAAUUUUCGCUCAAUUCCACAAACAAUUCCAACUUGAGGACAAAACUUCAUAUGCAAUUGAGAACAAUAUUAUAGUAUUGCAUAGUUUCCUGAAGUUUAUGCUAUUCCAAUGUGAGCAUAAUAACUGAGAUAGAGAAGUAGCUUAUUGGCUGAUCAUAGGGUUAACUUCAUCUAUUAUUUCUUUUUUUUUUGUCUGCUUGGUUGGGUUUUGCUCCACAUAGGGGAGCAGAUGUGACUAAGCCAACUUGGAUGAUCAUAGUUCUUGAUCAGCAUAUUGUAGAGACUGAACUUGUCAGCUUCUUUCUGCAUAACUUACUAUGGCCAAGAAGGGAAUAACAAUUGAUGAGGUAAAAAUGUGAACACUAUGGUGAAUGAGUUCAGAGUUUAAUUUGUUAUAGUUGUUCCAUGACGAAAA